GUUUUAGACGUUGUGACUGUGGGUAAUAAGUCGUGGUUAUACUGACUGUGAGAGGCAUGUCAUUCAAAAUCGGAGUAAGGGUUGAAACAGAAAAAGGACGAGGAGUGGUAGAAUUCUGUGGUGAAACCGAAUUUGCGGAAGGUAUUUGGGUAGGUAUAAAUUUGGAUGAACCUAAUGGGAAACAUGAUGGUACAGUGAAAGGAAUGCAGUAUUUUGAGUGUGAACCGAAUCAUGGCAUCUUUUUGAAAGCAAGCCAGGUGCGUCUAGAGUCUCGAGGCAAAUCUGGCAUGCGUUUACCCACCACUAUUCGAAAAAAUAGCUCUCCUAGAAUGACACCUUCCUCUUCUACUGAAAGACUGAAAACUGCGAGUGGAACAGUGAGCGCAUCUGCAAAGAAGCUUUACCCUAAAGAAGACAGGAAAGGAAGUACAGGAAGACUUGGUAGUCAGUCUCCCUUGCAAACCGCGGAGGAACAUCCUUAUUCAUCUCAGAAGUCUCAUAUCAGUGAGACCAGUUACAAAUCGGGCGGAACUCCGAAGAAGAGUUCCAUUGCAAGCAAAUUAGGAAGUGUAUCAACUGCUACCAAUGUGGAGGAAAUGGAAACAGCUGAGACUGUGAAAAGCAUUGUCAAGAAGAUGGAAGAGUCAUCUUUGUCAGUCCCACUGCCUCCUGAUAUGGAUGAACGCAGCGAACUCGGAUGGCUUCGUAUACAGCAUAAGGAUUUGUCUGAAAAACUGGAAAGUUUAAGAAUUAAAAGGAAAGAAGACCACAUUAAAUUGGUUGAAUUUGAAAGAAAUCGAAUACAGCUAGAAUCGUUGCUUCAAUUCAGAGCCAAAAUACUUGAAGAGCAAACUAGUUUGCAACGAAAACUGCAAGAGAAGGAAAAGGAAUUAAGAGAUGCACUCGAAUCGAAAGGAAAUGAAAAUGACAGCCUUACAGAAGUUGAGGAGCGUCUUGAAUUAGUAACGAUCGAAAAGGAAAUGGCUGAAGAAAAGGUCGACAUAUUGCAGACGGAAAUUGAAGCGGAAAAGCAACGAGUGCAGGAACUAGAAGUGGAAUUGGAAUUAUUGCGCAACGAGAUGGAGCAAUCAGGCGACAGUUCAUUUCAGUAUAACAGCGUGCAGAUGAAACAACUUGAACAACAGAAUGAAAAGCUUCGUGAGGCGUUAGUAAGGAUGCGAGAUGCUACAGGGCAAAUGGUAAUUGACAAGCAGGAAUUAAUGAGCGAAAAUGAAAGGUUGAAAGAUGAAUUGGCGUCACUGACAAAGAUGUGUGAAAAAAUGAAGAAGGAUUCGGAUGCAUAUGAAAAUAUUAUUGCAGAGUUAAGAGAACGGGUGGAUAUAGCUAUGGGAAGUGAAAAAAUGAUAGAAGCAUUGACGGACAGGAAUUUGGAUCUGGAAGAGAAAGUCAGGGCUUUGGAGGAAACGAUUGAUGAUUUUGAAACUAUGCGUGCAAUGGAUGAGGAAAUUUUAGAGACUCAAAAAGAUUCUGAAAAGGAGUUGAGAGAGGAGCUUGAUAAAGCAUAUGGGAAGAUCAGUGAGUUGUUGCUACAAAUCAAGGCAUGUGGUGCACAAGCAGAAGAUUAUGAGAAAACGAUUCUCAUGUUUCGCAAGAAAGUUAGCGAUCUAAAUGAAGAAAUCCAGGAACGUUAUGAUGAGAAUUUGCGUAUGUUAGAACAAAUAAGAUCCCUUGAAAAAGGAAGCACUGUUCUUGGAUUGCAAAGUACCAAUUUCACCGCAACACGCACAUUUUCGGAAAUUGUGGAUGCUGAGGUGCGAUUGUUGGAAUUGGAAUUUGCACAUCAGUUUAAUAAAUAUCUGAAACUCUUCAUGCCCGAUAAUUUUACGAAAUCAGGGGGUGACUGUGAUGCAAUAAUACUUAAUGUCUUAUUUCCACGGCUGCGUCAAAAAUCAAUAAUCUUGGCAAAGUUGAUGAGUAACAAGUACCCUCCAGUACCAGGUGGUAUGCGUCGUGAACAUGUCACCAAAUCACACAAGGCUGAGCAAUGGGCACAUUGUGCAAAGUUUAAAUAUUUACUGAAUGCAUUUGAAUGUGUCCUACGAAAAUUUGAAAGUGCAAUACAACGCUGCUCAAUAGAAAGACUGUCACGCUUGGCACAACUUCAGUUAGAAAUGGCGACACAAGAAAGAAUGAUCGAUCAAUAUAUUGAUUUGUUGAAGACUGAUCGUCUUGAUGAGAACACUUCUUCAGCGAAUCUUGAGAAAGGAAUAACAUAUUUUCAGAACGUUUUCUCAGUUCAUAUGGCUGCUGAAGCAUAUGAUAUGAAGCAGGCGUUUUCUGAUGUCAUCGCUCAACUACUCUCUGGUUUGGGUUGGAUGAAAAUAGAUGUUGAGCGUUUCACAUACUUCUUAUUGCCCGGUAGUGAGGAUAGUGAGAUUUAUGUCCUUGCUACUGCAUUAAUGGAAUUGAUCACCGAAUGUGAGCAGUUAACGAUUCGCUCGAGAAAUCGUAUUCCAGCACAAAAAGAAAUGACAAUAAACCAGCAGGUUGAUGAGCAGUUAUCGAAUGCAAUCAACACCCUUUGGAAGGUAGCGACUGUAGCGGACAAUAUUUGUGCUAUAGCAAGUAUACAGCUAAGUACACAUACUGAUGCUGAAGGGUUGCAGAGUGACCGAAUUAAAGAAAUGUUGCUGGGAGUCGUUGAAAAAAUGAAUGGUCAAACUGAUAGUGUCAAGGCACAAGAAGUUAUCAAGAAUCAUAUGCUUACACUGAAAUCGAUUCUUGCAAAGUUAGCCGAACAACUCGACAGUGGAGAUUUGGAAAUAGAAACAGAUAACAAAAAAUUAAUUUCAGCCAUUCCCACCGCUUCUGGAACGUGCUCAUGUUCGGAAACAGGAUGCAGUAGAAGCAGAGGGGCUUCGCUGGCAGUUGGAAAAAAGGAAAAUGAAAUAUCUGAUUUGAAGAAAACGCUUAGAUCUAGAGCAGACGAUAUUAGCAAUUACAGGCUUCGCUUGGAAAUGGCUGAUAAGAAAAUGGAAACAUCGGGUAAAGCGGACGAAUCACGGUUGUUGAGAUUGCAGUCGCGUUGCGAUGAACUGCAAAAUGAAUUGAAGAGGAGGAGAGAUGAGUACGAAGAAACAAUGGAUGCUAUACAGAGAGAUUUGGAAGCAUGUGAGAAGGAAAAUGCAGAACUGAAGGAACGUGCCAAAAAUAUGAGCAAAAAAGCGUUGCUAAUGAAUUUGAGCAACAAUCUAACGUCGUCCGUUACUUCGUUGCCAUCAACACCUACUGCUACUGGUGGCACCACAUUUACAUACGGAGCUGAAAUCACUUUUCUGGAAACAGCACUGAUUGAAAAGCAGGAUGCUCUCAAAUUCGCAAAUGAAAAAAUACGUUAUCUGAAGGUUCAAGGCAUGCUACAGUUAUUGUCGGAUACCGGAGUGUCUGAUAUUUCGACUGAAAUUACUGGACCACUAACACUAGAUGCUGCUCAGGGACAAUACAAAGAGGAACUUGACAAAUUGAUUAGAGAAGCGGAAGGCAUUAUAAGCGAAGCUCGAAAUUACCAAGUGCCGUAUAUAGCAAAUUUGCGUAAGCAGAGAAAAGCUCAACUUCUUGAGGAACAUCAAUAUUAUUCGAAUGUUCGGGAUGUUAAUUAUAGGAUUGAUGAUUUGAAAUUAAAAAUUCAUCGUUUCUGGUCGAAAUAUAACCCUGGGAAACCGCUUCCGAGCUUGUUUAAUAAUAUCAAGAGCAUCGUUAUUGAAAGACCAAAGUACGUGCAAUGUGGUGAUCGGGGUGUGCAUUCGAAUGCAUACAAGAAUGCCUAUAGUCUUUUAUUUGAUAAGUUAGACGUAGAGCGCAAAAAGUUCGAAUUACAACGUGUUUGCUGCUGA